UACUCUAAUUAUACUCUUCCAAUAACGGCAAACCACAAUGUCGUUUUGCUUUUCAAAAUUUCAAUUUACAAUCUGAAGUCACUCUCAGGCCUCGAUAAAAAUUUCAAAACGACAAGUAAAAACACCUCAUUUUCUAAGUCCCAUAGCAUAAAACGUUCAACAACAUGUCAUUUCUUUGACACGCUUAUCCUUUCAACAUUCACCCCACGCGCCGCCUUAUUUUACUUCACGCGCCUCCUCCUCACUUUCUUCUUCUUUUUUAAAUCUUUUUUCUCUCUCUUUUUCCACUUUAGCAUCCACUUUCUCUUCUAUCUUUAUAUCUUACAAAAAGAUCUGUACUUUUCUUAACUAUUAUUUAUUGAUUUUAAUUUUUUUAUGAAUACAAAGCUUUUGAUGAUAAGUAGCAAAAGAUGGGCGGAGUUACGUCGUCAAUCGCCGCAAAGUUCGCUUUUUUCCCGCCUAAUCCGCCUUCUUACACUGUAGUAGCCGACGGCGUGCAGCUGGUUAUUCCGGAACUGCCGAGAAUUGAUGACGUGGAUGUGUUGAAGCUUAGGACUAGAAAAGGAAAUGAAAUAGUAGCGGUACAUAUAAAGCAUGCGAGAGCAACGGCUACUCUGCUUUAUUCUCAUGGAAAUGCAGCUGAUUUAGGUCAAAUGUUUGAGCUUUUUGUUGAAUUGAGUAAACGACUCCGUAUUAAUCUCUUGGGGUAUGAUUACUCUGGCUAUGGACAGUCAAGUGGAAAGCCAACUGAAUGUAAUACAUAUGCGGAUAUAGAUGCAGCAUAUAAUUGCCUCAAAGAACAGUACGGGGUUAGAGAUGAACAAUUAAUACUUUAUGGCCAAUCUGUUGGCAGUGGACCCACUGCUGAUCUUGCUUCACGAUUACCAAACUUGCGAGGUGUGGUUCUACACAGCCCAAUCUUGUCUGGAAUGAGGGUAUUAUACCCAGUCAAGAGGACAUACUGGUUUGAUAUUUACAAGAACAUUGACAAAAUUGGAAUGGUGAACUGUCCUGUUCUGGUAAUUCAUGGAACAGCAGAUGAAGUUGUUGAUUGUUCCCAUGGGAAACAGCUUUGGGAACUUUGCAAGGAGAAGUACGAACCACUGUGGAUAAGUGGGGGCGGGCAUUGCAAUCUCGAGCUGUACCCUGAAUUCAUCAAACAUCUAAAGAAGUUUGUGUUAUCACUAGGAAAAUCAAAAUCAGCCACCGGUGGUGGUAAAAGAACUGCAGACGAAGCAGAAAAACAGAACAAAGUAUCUGAGAGUGGGACAUCGGAUACCUUUGAAUUGGGCGCCGACCUUCCUGAAAUUUCUAGAAACAGUUUAGACAGUAGACUUGAGAAGUCUAAGAAGCCGAAUAAACCCGAAAAGUCAAGGAUGAGCAUGGACCGUGUGGAUAGGUUUAGGAGAAGAAAAGGGUUGUUGGUCUGGUGACUGAUUAUACCAAGAAGACUGUCUUCAACACAAUAUGUGCAUGGGAAUGCCCGAGAAGGUAAUUUAAUUUUCAUCCUUGCUUUUGUAACACACAAGAAUUUCGUUCAAAUUGUUAGAUUUGACUGUAAUUUUCCACAUAAAUCUCAUAUUUGUAUGUAUCUUUAGAAGAUAAAUUAAAAAAUCAAGCCAAAAUCGUGAUUUUAA